AUAGAAAUUUUAGCAAAUUUCUUAUACCAUUCUUCCAUGACCAUGAAUCUAUAGAAGUUUAUCGACAAUGUCAGUCACUUUAAUAGUUAAAUUAAGACUUUUAAACAUCUAUAUAAAUUCACUUCUCACAAUAAAAACACAAUCACUCAAAAACAAAAACAAAAACAAAAUAAAUUAAUAAUAAAUUCAGUCAAAAAAUUCUCUUCUCUAAGAAUAAAAUGGCAAAAACUUCAUUAACUAUUUAUCUAUCGUUACUUGUUGCAUUAAGCACUGUUUAUGAAACACAAGGGACAUUCUCAUUACCCCUUUACUUGAAGAACUUUCCCAAAGUAGGCCAUGAUUUUGAGUCUUUCGCUUACAAAGGUAUGAUGGAUUUCAUGGGUGACUUGGAAGGCAAAUGUCCUCAGACCACAGAGUUUAAGGAUUUUUUUCUAAAGCUGAAGGAUUACAUGGCAUGUUACAGUUCAACAGCACCCGGGUCAAAAGAUCUCCAAGUUGAGCUGUCAAUAAAAUCUGAGACACUCUUCAGGGCUAUGUCUGAUUUUAGUGGAACUAAAGGCGGAACAUCAACCCGGCCUGUCUAUGCCUUCGGGCUGGAGGAUUCAUGGACGCUAGUGGAUGGCUUAUUGUCAAUGGGAAAGAGUUUGGUUGAGAUGAAGAAGAGCGGUUCUAAGGAAAUAACUUUUGAACAAAGAAAAGAAAUUAUUCAAUCUAUGGUGAAAUGGACUCGAGGAAUCGGUCUAUUCGUAAAGAAAGUCUCUGAGAGUAAAGGACAAUCUAUUGAUUUAUCAUCAUUUGGAAUUGACUAUGACAACAAUGUGUCUUCUCCAUCUGAGAGAGCUCUUUACGAAACACAAGGAACGUUCUCAUUGCCCCACUACGUGAAGGAUUUUCCAAAAAUGAGCAAAGACUUUGAGCCUUUUGCGUACAAAGGUAUGUCGGGUUUCUUGGGGGCUUUGGAGAGUAAGUGUCCUGCCACAGCAGAGUUCAAAGAUCUCUUUGUAAAGGUAGCGGACUACAUGGCCUGCUUCAAGUCAGGCAUCAAGGUCGAAAUGCAAGAAAAAUCUGUGAAACUCUUUAGGGCUAUUUCUGUAUUGGAUGGUACUAACGGCGGAACAUCAGUGGAUUCUUGGAGGAUGGUUGACGGCUACAAGAGAACGAUCUAGGUCCUUGGGCUAACAGCUGUAAAGCUAAAGCAGCUAGCCAGCGCAGUAUAUGGACUGAAGGGCAAAUGAAUUGUGAAUCGGGAGCUGUGAGGUUGACUCCGUACUAAGCUUCUCUGUUACA